CUACGCAGAAGAAUCCACCUGUGUAACUGGAUCCUCAGAUUCACCUGACUACUGGAGUCUACGCACGGGUUCAAAUUCCUAAUUCCCUCGAGAAAAACGAUUCCCGACUCCUGCAUGAAAAGAAAUAUCAUAGCCGACGCUGAAAUCUGGCACAAAACCGACAUCAAUGAAUGGCUGUUCUCCCUAUCCAAUCCAACUCGAAUCUCUAUCAUCUGUGGUGAAGAAUUCUUAAAGCAAGAAAUCAUCGAGAAGAUGGGUAUUCUAAAGCUCAACUCACACUGCAAGGCAUUUACUGAUAGUACAAGUCUAGAAACGAGCGUAGUACGAGCUUCCCUAAACUCAAGUUAUGAAAUUCCAUCUUCAAGUAUAAUACAGGACGAUUGCUGCCAGAAAUUGAAGAGAAAUCUCACUGUCCACGCAAUUCAUAUGGAACCAAUAAAAUUAACAAGUGUCAACCUCCACGAACUCAAGUAUGCUCAACACAAGCUAGCAGAAUUCGAUGAAAAACUCCAACAACAACUGAAUAGGCCUUUCAUAAUCCAACACUCUUCGUGGGUAACAACAGCCCUAUCAAUUACAUGUGGUACCAUUUUGCUCAUAGUCCUCUACAAUUUUAUGAAAUGGUGUGGAUGGUUCCAAAUUCUCCGAAGAAUCUUCUGCUGUACCAAAGAGCCUAGAGCCAUUGAAGCAGGUCCAUGUUUCCAGAUCUUCAACCAAUGCCACAAAAGACCAAUACAGCAACCAGUUCAAGUCUACUACGAUGCAGAACUCCAACUUCUUAAUUACCCAGGUUCCUCUGAGACAGAAAUCCGAGUAUCGAGACCAGAAGACGCCUCCAGCAGCGGGUCUCAAACACAGAGAAGAACAAAUAAGACAUUAAAAAUUAAUCCUCAUUAAUUGUUGCAAUUUUACAUAUAUCUUAUAUAUUUUAAUAUCUUGUUCAAUUUGCAAUGUCUUAAUUUCUUGAUAAUUCUAUGCUCUCAUUUUUGCACUAAUUGAGUAUCCAUAAUAUUUUAUUGAUUUUAAUCUUGAUUUUACUGAAUAAUUUAGUUAGAAUAUAUCUUCACAUUUUAAUACCUCAUGUAAGGUGUCAUACUGCUUCGGAAUUCUUAUUUUAAAGAUUUUUGCUCUUCUUGUACAUCAAAAAUCUUCUUUUAGGGGGGAGAUGUUGCCACCCUGUAUACAAGGGCCCCAUUGUUAACAUAUUCUUGCUCAAAUCAGCAUUUUCCAAAACAAUAUAUAAGCAGCAGCAUGACGCUCUCAGUUCAGUUCAGA